UAUACCAGCGAACCUCUGGUACAUACAAUGUAUACUAUAGUGCUACUGUGUUUACUGGGGGCCGUGUACGCAGUGCCAGAUGCUUUCUUGGAUAGUGUAAGUGACUGCUAUGACUACGAGGACAAAUUCUUAUGCUUUGACAAUUUUAAGAAUGGUCUCGCUUACAGAUUUGGGUUUGAACAACCAGAAGGUAGGAGGCAACAAAAAAGAGAAGGAUUUAUAAAAAAAGAUUCUCUUUCAAAAGGCUUUUUACAAGAUAGAAGCAACGACGGUGUAAGACAUAUAACUAAAAAUAACGCUGAUGACAACGAAAAAAAGUCCAUAUUAGAAAUGAUUGUCAGCGGAAGGGUUCCCGAGGUUGUAAUUGCAUCUAUGCUUGGAUAAAUGAAAUCUGAUAAACGCUUAUAAU